CGUGGAUGCGGUGCUGAGCUCGAGGCCACGAAGGCAGCGGGCUGCGAAUCCCCCCAGGCUCCUCACGGCCGCCCCUCAGCGAGCGGAGCGGCGAUGGUGGAUGGGGUUUUGUUGGGGUCGGGGUUUUGUUGGGGUCGGGGUUUCGCCUGAAGAGGGCGAAGGGCGGCACUGGGCAAAGCGGGGGCAGCGGAUCAGGGUCGGGAGCGCGGCCCCGUGCUCCUGUUGGCCGCGUGCGCGCGCAGAGAGCGGCGAUCGACCUCGGUGCAACGCAUCCUUGCCUGGCGGCGGCGUUCACCAAGAGGGGAGGUGCGGCGUAUCGGUGCCGUCGCUGCGUGGCCGUGCAGCACCUGCAGCGUAGAGGCUUCGCUGCAAAUGGAAGAAGGAAACUCGCCGGGCCGGGCUGCAGCAGCGCGCCUGGCUUGAGGAAAGCGGCAUCCGCACACACGCACACGGAAACAUGCGUGCACGCUGACACUCGUGUGCCGGCACUCCCGUGAAAGUGCACGGUGCGUGCAUGCCGACGUGCUCGUGCGCCUGGACGCUUGUGUGCUCCACACGCGUGCACGCUUGGCUAUGUGCACACGAAUGCUCGCGCACUCACGGAUGCAUGCUGAAGUGCUCGUGCACAUGCAAACGCAUGCACGCGCGUGCACGUGGGGGGCGCGCUCACACACACACACCGGUGCACGCGCACUCCAAGCCGUUGCUAUGGAGACGCGCGAGUUCCCCGGCAGCCCGGCAGCCCCCCGGCAGGGGGAGCGGCUCCUCCUUUCUGCGCCCUCCCCGCCUGCAGGGGGCGCCCUCCCUCGCCCUGCCCCCAGGAGCCGCCGCUCUCCCCGCGGCCCGAGUCCUCCCGGCCAGCAGGGGGCGCUGACCCGCGCUGAGCCGCUCUAGGGCCGCUCUGGCCGGCAGCGACGGCGCAAGAUGGCGGAGGAGGGCUCAGUGUGCAGCUUCGUCUUCAAGAAACGGGGUCUGGCGGCGGGUAGAGGCCGGCGGAAGCGGCCCAGCAGCGACCAGGAGCAGGAGAGCAGCGGUGAGGAGGGCAGCACGGUGGUGCGGAAGGAGCGGCGGCGGGAGGCCCCCAACCCCAUGAUCCAGAAGACCAGGAGGUGCACGAAGGAGCGGCCCUCGUACGCGCUGAGCAGCAGCGAUGAGGAUGAUCCAUCGAAGGAGAUCGGAGUCACCUACAGAUCAACAAGGUCGGCGAAACCUGUUGGCCCAGAAGACAUGGGGGCCACAGCAGUGUAUGAACUGGACACAGAGAAGGAUAAAGAUGCCCAGGCCAUCUUCGAGCGCAGCCAGAAAAUCCAGGAGGAACUGAGAGGAAAAGAAGAUGAUAAAAUUUACCGUGGUAUUAACAACUACCAGAAGUAUGUGAAGCCCAAAGACACAUCAAUGGGAAAUGCCUCUUCAGGAAUGGUCAGAAAAGGACCCAUCCGUGCUCCUGAGCACCUGCGGGCCACGGUGCGGUGGGAUUACCAGCCAGACAUCUGUAAGGACUACAAAGAAACGGGGUUCUGCGGCUUUGGAGACAGCUGCAAAUUCCUCCACGACCGCUCAGACUACAAACACGGCUGGCAGAUAGAACGGGAACUGGAUGAAGGCCGCUAUGGAGUCAAUGAUGAAGAAAACUAUGAGGUGAGCAGUGAUGAGGAGGAUAUGCCUUUCAAAUGCUUCAUCUGCAGAAGUUCCUUCAAGAACCCCGUGGUCACCAAAUGUAGGCAUUACUUCUGUGAGAGCUGUGCCCUCCAGCACUAUCGCAAAUCCCAGCGCUGCUACGUGUGUGACAAGCAGACCAAUGGAGUCUUCAACCCAGCAAAAGAGCUCAUGGCAAAAUUGGAAAAACACAAAGGGGAGGAGGAAGAGGAAGAGGAGUCAGACCACUCAGACCAUGGAGAAGACCCGCACUAGCAGAGCACUGUUUUGUAUGGAGCCAAAUAAAGUUUUCAUGGGAACAAAGCACUGAUCACAGCACCCUUGGGCAGCAGCUGCAGCCAUUGGUCGGUCAUCCAACCAGGGGUCAUUAAAAUGGGGGCACAAGUGGUGCCAGACUUCAUUUGCUGCUCUGUGAAGGUACAGGACAGAAGGGGGAGCGGAGAGUUGUCCUCUGUGCCAGCAGUGGAACCACACGAGGGCCAGGGGAGGGAGGGGUGGAACUCUGUUCAGUUACUUUUGACAAGGUGUUGCCAUUUAUUUUACUCCUGCUGUGGCAAUUAUCCUGCUUGUGUCCUGCCAGUUAGCUCUGGAAGCAUGAAAAACUAUCCUGAAGUUACAGGGAGUAAUCUCUAUCCCAAAAUUUAAGUCCAUAAAAUAUGAUCGUGUCGAAUGCAGAAAGCAGGGAGAGAAAUGACAACUAGAAAACUAGUUGCUUGCACCAAGUUCAUCUGUCACUCUGGAAAUGUUGUUUGGGAAGUAAGCCAGACUUCUGCAGUUAGUUGUGAUUUAUUACAGCUCAGAGGAGCGUAUUCCCUCCUGUCUGUUCUGCUGCCUCUUGGUUUCUAGAAGUCAAGAGCUAAAAGUCACAUCAAUCAGGAUUUAGAACUUAAGUGGGUGAUGUGGAAUCAUCCCUUGGGGACAAAGCCAGCAGCUGCAGCAGAUCCCAAACAUGGUCCCCAAGGUUUUAUGCUGUCACUGGUACUUUAUUAUUUUUCCCUUGCUGCAAGUAUCAGUAACCAUCUCUGUCCAGGCCUGUGGAAUGGGGAUGAGAAUUUUUGCAAGCAAAUUUUUGCAGCCCACUUCAUAGUGGGCUGGACUGCAAAAUGCAAUCUCCUAAGUCUGGAAUUGAGAAGAGCAUAAGCUUGCAAAGCUUGUGGCAUCACUGCUGCCAUCACUCCUCUGUCACUCUGCAGAAACAGCAGGCUUACAAACUUCAGAAAUAUUUUAUUUGUUUUGGCAAAAAACUAGAGUAACAAACUUUAUCUGGGUUCAAGUAGUUUACAAACACAAGAAGGACCUGUUGUCAGCACCACUCUCCCAUCAACCACACAUACAGGAUUGGAGUCUCAGUGCUUCAUUUGAGAAUGGAAAGAGCUCCAGCACCCACGGUCCUUGGAAAGGUCAAAGUGAAAGCCUUAAACACACCUCCAAAACCAAAUGCUGUGGGCUGGGGGAGAGCUGCCACAGCCAGGGAUCAAGGGAAGCUGUGAAAAGCAAGCAGAGGAUUUUUUUCAAAUCUGUCAUUCAUUCAGGGAUGAUGGUACAGCAAUAGUAAGAGAGGGCUUAAGAUCAUUCUGUACAUAACAUUCAAAGAGGUGUUGUGAAUAAGAGGAGUUGGUGUGAAAAUUACUUUUCCUUCAUGCCAAGUCACUGAGAACAGGCUGGUAUGAAUAUUUCAUGCUGUGAAAGCAGCCCAGCUAACAGAGGGCUGAGCUGGAUGUGCUCUGGGAGGUUAGGAAAGCUGGUACAUGCACAGAAUUACAUGCACUAGAAUUUGAUGACCAGGCAGCCAUGGGAGGGGAUGCCAUCCAACCUGGAGCUCAGAGCACACAGCAUCAGCUGAGAGGAGUCUUAAAAGCUCUCUCCAGAACUGGAGCACAGCUCAGGACUGCAGAGGAACGCCCAGUGCAGUGAAUGUGCCCAGGCCAGCAUCAGGUUAUCUCCUGUUUUCUUGUUAUCCCCAUAAAGAAGUGACCAAGCUUAAGAAUGCACUCCUUUCCCCACCCUCAGAAGUUACCCAGUAACAACACUGUAACAUAAAUCUGACUAGCUCUAAGAAAAUGCCCCAAACUAAGAACUGCUUUCCUCCCCUUCUUAACUCUAAGGCACCCUUUAAAAAAAUAAAAAUAAAAAAAAAAAAUAGAAUCAUGCAGCCUUCAC